CGACAAUAUAUUCUAUUAAAUAAACUAUUGAAAUAUGAUAAUAAUUUUAUACUGAUUAUUUUUAGACAUAGAUGUGUAACUAUGUAAAUAUGUCGGUUUUGUUUACUAUUUUGCAAAUAUGUUUUGUCUAUAAUAUUAAAGAGGCUUAUAGCGAAGAGAUCAAUUUAUAUGGAGAUGCUGGACAGGCAUACUCCGUGGAAGCAUAUUUAGGUCAUCCCCAUCAAAAGCUUAAAUUACUAGUGGAUACUGGAAGCACAACACUAGCUAUAGCAUCAUAUGCUCGAGAGAAUAGCAAUGAAUACUUCCAUCCUGAUAACUCCAGCAGUAUCUAUGAUAGUGGGAAGAGUGUCCAAGCAGAAUAUUCCCAAGGCAUGUGGUCGGGCCGACUUGUGUCAGACUUCAUUAAAUUCCCAUCUUUGCAGAGUAUACCAGAAGUGAGAUCAGAUAUAGCUCUUAUCACACAAAGUCACAAGUUUUUCAUGAAUGGGUCAGGAUGGCAGGGGUUACUUGGUCUUGCUUACUUACCAGUUGGUGCUUGGGGUAAUGGCGUUGUUGUGGAGUCCUGGCUAGACUCUGUUGAUCGCACGUUACACAGACCUAUAUCCUUCCAUUUAAAACUCUGUGGACCAAUAAGCAAGACAAAUACAACUCAUUAUGGAUAUUUUAAAAUGCUUGAUGAUCACGCACCACAAGUGAACAGCACCAAGAUAUUCCGUACACCGAUCUUACGUAAACGUUGGUACGAAGUUGGUGUAUUAUCAAUAUCGGUCAUGAGUACAUUAUCAGAAGCUGAUCAAACAGUAAUGGACACCGCCAAAAACCCGAACAUUGAUAUGUGCCUAAAGUUAAAUGCUGAGAAGAGCAUUGUAGAUAGUGGAACUACUAAUAUUAGGCUGCCUGAUAGUUUGUUUCGACAGGUCGUCGAUGAACUAAAGAAUAUUUAUCGAAGUUCACAAGUGUUAAUAUUAGACGAAUUUUGGUAUCAAGGCGAGGCGGCCUGUUGGCCUGAGCCUCAAGUCUGGACGUUGCCUUGGUUGGCGAUAGAUCUUCUCAGCUCUGAUGCCGACAAUCAGUAUUUUAGGCUGGAAAUCCCUCCACAGAACUAUAUGCGGGUAGUAGGUGUAUACAACAGCAGUGAUAAGACGGGAACAGUUUCGGAGUAUUGCUACAAGCUGGGUAUUGAGGCGGGCGGUAGUGAAACAGUGCUUGGUUAUACCGCCAUGGAAGGAUUAAAGGUAAUCUUCAACAGGUCAGCCGGCUGGAUCGGCUGGCAGACUUCUGAUUGUGGAGCAAACGCUCGUAUAUCUGGUCCGUACAACACAACCAUCUCUUUCAAAACAACCUGCGAACUUCUCAGACCAGUUUCUGACGUCGCUAUAUCAAUAAGGGCGGCCCAAUGGGCGCUAUGUGCCAUUUCUAUUAUAGCAGCUGGCGUAUUAAUUUAUUUAUUAGCACCCUGUAUAAAGACUUUCUUUGUAAAAAGACUGCCAAGUUCUCAACAGAUCUCGUUAUCACAAGCAGCUUUAGUCGAACAAGAGUCGUAAUAGUAAGUUUAGUUUAUUUAAGGUUUAUUUAUAUUGACCUUUAAGACGAUGCUGUAGAGUUCAAAUUUGCAUGCGUUACAAAUUUCUUGGAAUUUUAGCACAAAGCGGACUUGUCUGCCGUUUAUAAGUCACAUUUUUUAAGACUUCAUCAACAAAUAAAUUUUGUCCAUUGUUUUUGAAGGUCAGUGUUAAUUUAUUAAAGGUAUAAGUAGUAAGAGUGAAGUGUUCAGUGUGUUAGCAAUCAGCCUUGACCUCUCAUUUGUUUAAAGCGAGACUUAAUAGUGAAGCAAA